CUCCCACCGCCGAGGCCUUCAGAGCCUCCACGCCUGUCCCUGCUGGAGCAGCUGACCGCAAAGACUAGGCUAUGGGCGCCGCGGGCUCCUCUGCGCUGGCCCGCCUGGGCCUCCCCGCGCUGCGCCUUCCCGCGCAGCCCCGGUCCGCCUGGCUUGGGGUGGCCGCGCUGGGACUGGCCGCGGUGGCCCUGGGGACUGUCGUCUGGCGCCACGCGCGGCCCAGGCGGCGCCGGCGGCUGCAGCAGGUGGGGACCGUGUCGGAGCUCUGGAUCUACCCGGUCAAGUCCUGCAAGGGGGUUUCGGUGAGCGAGGCCCAGUGCACGGCCAUGGGGCUGCGCAGCGGCUACCUGCGGGACAGGUUUUGGCUGGUGAUUAAGGAAGAUGGACAUAUGGUCACAGCACGGCAGGAGCCUCGCCUGGUCCUGAUCUCCAUCACCUGUGAGGAUGAUUACCUGGUCCUCAGGGCCCCAGGUGUGGACCCGCUGGUUUUGCAGCGCAAGCUGUCUUCUUCAAACGCGGUCCACAACUGCAGGAUUUUUGGCCUUGACAUUAAGGGCAGGGACUGUGGCGACGAGGCCGCUCAGUGGUUCACCAACUUCUUGAAAACAGACACUUUCAGGCUGGUUCAGUUCGAAAAGAACAUGAAGGGAAGAGAAGCAAAGAACAUUUUCCCGACUAUUGAACAGAAUUACCAGGUGGCCUACCCAGACUGCAGCCCCAUCAUGAUCCUCUCGGAAGCCUCCCUGGCAGACCUGAAUACCAGGCUGGAGAAGACAGUGAAAAUGGAUCAAUUCAGGCCAAGCAUCGUGGUGACAGGCUGCAGUGCUUUUGAGGAGGAUAGUUGGGAUGAACUCCUCAUUGGCAACGUAGAAAUGAAAAAGGCUUUGGCUUGCCCCAGGUGCAUUAUGACCACGGUGGACCCAGAUACUGGAGUGAUAGACAGGAAGGAGCCGCUGGAAACCCUGAAGGGCUACCGCCUGUGUGAUCCUUCUGAGAGGCAUUUAUACAAGUCAUCCCCACUUUUUGGGAUCUAUUAUUCGGUGGAAAAAAUUGGAGACUUGAAAGUUGGUGACGCCGUGUAUCAGAUGGUACAGUGACGGACCCACGAAGGUGAUAUGGUUUCAGAGCUCAGGAGGCAUUGAUCAGGAUUUUAACGAUGGCAGCAACACCACCUCGGCAAAUCCUUAUUACCCAGCUUCUGAUCAUCUUCACCCUGGAAAUGAAUCUAUUUUUGACUUUUUGGAGUUACGUAUGCUCCGAGUUAAUGAAGGGAAAGUCUUAGAGGUGAUUUGGGAAUAAGAAGGUAUAUAGAUUUUAGGUAAUGAAGACUUUUUAAAUAAAUAAAAUUGUUUAUAAAAUUAUUUUGAAUGUUACUGUAGCUAUUAUCCUCCUCCAGUCACUGACAUUAAUAUUAUUAACGUUUAAAGAAUGAGCUAAAAGCUGCACAAAAAAAUUCCUAAAUGUUUACAUCUCAUUACCUCUCAUUCCAUGUUUUAAGAGAAAUAGGAACAAUUGGUUUCCUGAUGUGCCUUUAUAUGUGAAUACACCCACAAAAUCCUACUAGUUGGUUUUUACGUAGCUACUGAGUCCUAUUGAUGUUUUGCUCAUGUGUUUUUGACCCUAACAUUAUAGAAUCAGUUUGUACCUGAGUAUGGAAAUUAUUUUAUAGACCUUGUUUUUAUAUUCGAUUAUACCUCUGUUGAGCCAUAUAGAAGUAAUUGUGUGUAACCAUUGGAUACGCCGCCUGUAAUUUCAGGCGUGAUAAAGUUGAAAAUGGGAUAUAAAAGAGAAUGGAAUUUUGAGAGUCGGAGUGGGGAGAAGGAAGGUUGCGUAUGCUUUUUUGUAUGAAUCUUUUUUUUUUUUGUAACAGAAAUGAACUCUUUUGGUAUGACUAAACACAAAUUCACACUGAAUGAACUAACUCACUUAUAAUUUUGUGGUUUCUUUAAUAUUAAUAAAUGGGAAUCGCCAUUGUA